AGGGGUUUCACCGACUCCCUGAGGACCGCGCCUUCUGCAGGAGUGUUUCCACCUGCUGCUGGCUGAGGUCUUCAGGGCGGCUCCUCUUGGUGGACGGAGCGUCUUUGCCGCCGGGAGUCUGCGUCUUGUCCGGUUUCCCCAUCACAGCUGUCUCGAAACGCUCCUCAGUAAAAGUUUGCAGAGUGUUCAGGUGUUCGUCACUGUCCUCCAGAGCGCUAAAGUUAGUGAAAUAUAGCUGGAGCUACACCUGCUUUGAGCGCAGCUCACCUGAGGAGUAUCCUGAGAGACUCUCUGGGGUUUGGAGGAUGCCUCGUCCGCCGUGUAUUUACUCGGAUUUCUUCUAUGGCCCUCUGACUGAAGAUGUGGAGCAGCUCCUGGCGCGUUUCCAGCAGAUGGACUCAGUCAGGUAUGAGGACUUUUCUGCCAUCUGGAGGGAGAUGGGCUUCUCGGAUGUCUUCUGUGGCACCAUCAGUACGGGUGAAACGAAGCGAUUCUGCAGGGUGGCUCUGGCCACGGCUGUAAAAUACUUCAUGCCUCCAUACAGCUAUCAGAUCCGAGUGGGGGGCUUGUACCUGAUGUUUGGUUUCUACCACACACAGCUUGCUGAGCCGCCCGUGAUGAUCCGGCUCGCUCUGAAGGACUGGACCCACGUCCAGACCUUCCUCAAGGAAUCUGUAGACUCCGGGCAUCUUGAUGUGGUUUACAUCUACAAGAAGCUUGUUGCAACCAAAGCCAUCCACUACACGGCCAUGCCGCAUUUUCUGACCUUCCAAAAGCAGCAGAAGCGAAAGCAGGAUCCUGUGUGCGCGGACUUUCUGAGCAGGACGACCGCCGUGCACGAGCUCAUCACUGCAGACACCCUGGAGGAGAUCGCCAACCUCCAGAGCCUGUACGAGAACCUGAAGGAGAUCACAGAGGAGGUGGGUUCCCAGGUCGCUGUGACCCACAGAGACCUCACCUCCCGCCUGAGGGACUGCAUGUCAGAGUUCAUCACCUGGCAGAAGAAGAGCUUCACCUCACAGCUGAACAAAGGCAAGAAGGAUAGAGAUGAAGAAGAUGAGGAGGAGGAAGAUGAGAAGGAGUCCUGCAGCAACAGAGCGCGGCUCCUCUCCUCCAUCAAGCAGAAGAGCUACGGCAACUUUCAGAAGGCGCCUAAAUCCAGGAGACAUCGACAGGGUGAGGCGCCGGACUCGUCCCGUUCGGGGGCCGAGCAGGUUAAACCGGCCCCGCAGAAGAAGAGACCUCCUUCUCUCCGGGCCCGGACCUGGAAGAACCUCGGAGUGACACAGAAGGACAGCAACCUGCCUCCCUGGCUCCUGAGUGCCCCUGAGCUGGAGGACGGGGUGCCGGUAAGGAGGACCAACCAGGCGGUGACCUACAGAAUGUGAAGGAGGAGGAGAGAUGUUAAAGUGCUGCAUUUAUUACCAUUCAACUGGAAUAAUUUAAGAAAACACACACCAAUAUUCUUUGUUAUUGCUUCAGAAUUUAUCAUUUAACUGGCUUCAAUGCCUCUGAAUUAUUUU